CUCCUUUCUGGUCUCCCACAUGUAUGUGGUCUGGAUCAGUUGACAUCUGGCGUCAACUCAGGCUCUGCAUGGCUGUGGUGACCUCUCAUCAAAAGCCGGGGGACUCGAGUAUUCAUAAUCAGUGAUCAUUUCGCUUGCUCAUCGACGGCUAGGAUGACGUGGUUGGCUCCUCAUCAUCAUUGUUUUCGAUAUUUCUUAAGAAUUUGAAUUGCUUUUACUGCCAUGGAUGAAUAAUUGAUUUUGAUGUAGGCCUAUAAGAUACCAGUGACUCUUGAUAGGGACGGGCGGAUCGAGAUUUCAAACCAAUAUCAGUGGAAUUUAAUCACUGAAUAAUCAGACUUCGAACCACUUGAACCGUGAGACUUCGACAACGAUUUAAAAACAAAUAAUUAUUUUUGGCGAUUGUUUUGAGAAAGAGGAUUCAUGAAAGAAUAGAUUUAUUUGGGGGAAAAAGGCACGGAGUUAAUCAUCGCAGAUGACUGCUGGCGUUGAUCUUAAGUGAUGAAUUCAAAAUCGCCAAGGAUGAACUUUCACUGUGCCAAGGCGGAGUGAUGAUUCUAGUGUGAUGGUACCACUGGCCUCUUUGGAGGAACCUCUGGCAAGAACCCUCCUGGGUGCGGCCAAGAACCCCGACUGGGUCGGGAGAAGGGUGCAGGAAGACUUCGGACCCAGCUGAGCUCCACCGCGACUGUGAGUGAUAACAAUCGGGUGUAUUGAUUACCCUCGUCUAUAUUAUGCGUGAUUUGCAUGCAACAAGCAAGCCACUGACACGGAACAUCUGGGCAGAGAGAGAGAGAGAGAGAGGGAGAGACGGAAUAAAAGAGAGGGAGGCAAAGGGGGUUAGCCUUAUUUCUGAGUGUUGAUUUGCGUGCGUGUUUGAGACAUCGUCUUGCUUUUAUUCUCCCGUUGACUGUCCAGCUUUAUCUAAAGCCAGCUUCGCUCGAGUGUUAUUUGUUCAGCUUUCUUACAACGAUCAGUUUACUCAUUGUAAAGGUGAUAACAACGCAAUGCAAGUCGCCCAGCUUGCGAUGUGCUGUGAUUUGGCUUCGAGACCCCUUCUUUUGCCUACACAAGUCACAAUGAAGACUAUUCUGUGUGCAUAAUCCGAGUAGGUUUAAUACCCGAGUCUCCGGACGUUGUUACAUGCAAUUAGCAGUUUGACCAGGUGGGCUCACAAUCUCAAGAAUGCGGAACUCGCCGAGCUGUAUUCGUGUGAUUGAAGCUGAGGGUUGGUAGACAUGGCGCAGAGCGAAGGCGAAAAUGACUGCGACAUGGAUCAAGAAGCGACUAAACAAGAAUGUUCUGAGAAGGAUGAAUCAGAAUGUGACAGGACCGUCUCUUCCAGUGGGGCGACCAGUACAGGUGCGACGACAGCGAGACCCAGCAAAGGGGCGGGGUCGUCGAGUGGGGCUGCUUCGAAGAGCAGGAGAAGUCGUCGAAAGCAAAGCGAUCCCCGUCGCGUCGGCAGUGAGAUAGACAAAAUGGAAGUUGUUGAGAUCAAAUCUGAGAUCAUAGAUCAGGAUGAUAGUGAUAGUAACGAAAAAGAUCCGGAAGAUAAUUUUGACGACGAUGUCUUUCUCAAAGUCCGGACCAACGCACUGUCGCCCAAUCCUGGAACACCUACGAGUUCGGAACGAUUGGAAGGAUCAUUAGUGCAUGAUCAAUCACGCGUUCGUAUCGGAGAUCGAAGGGAUGUUUUACAGACAGAAGUCGACAACGGCGACGACUGCCAACCUCAGGAUCUUAGCAUGAGCAGUAAAAAGCGUGAUCAUAAUCGUGUUGUCCUUGCAAUACCUUCGGUUGUUAGGCCAACCAAACCUAAAGGAACACAACGUGACCUAGGAAGACGAAAUGAGUCAGAUUCUGCAAACGCAUCCACGCACUCGCAAAUUUCCCAGAAUAACGCUCAUGUUUUUCGAACAUUUGCUCAUGAUUUACAGGCAGAAGGACUUGUCGGUCUCGAGAGAGAUUACCGAUUGAAGUACAGACACGAUUUCGACGACGAUUACCACGAAUCACAUUCCCAUGCUAUCAAUCCCCACCAGGAAUACCCCACGCCUCUGCCAUUCGCGAUUGCCCACCAACACAAAGUUAUUCUCGACUCACAAGAGUGCAAUUCUCAGGACAUCGCGUGCGGUGACCACAAAGAAACAAACGGAAAAACAUCUCCAUCGACAUCCACGUCGUCCUCAUCGUCGACGUCACAAUCGUCGAAGUCGACAAACAAACCUGGGAGGUCGUAUAAGAACUUGAGUCGUUCGCGGAGGAUCGUCGCCAACGCCCGAGAGCGUAAUCGAGUCCACACGAUCAGCGCCGCCUUCGAGGGUCUUCGUCGGGCAGUGCCUUCGUACUCGCACAACCAGAAACUGUCGAAGUUAGCCAUACUCAGGAUCGCUUGCAGCUACAUCCUCGCUCUGGCCAAGCUUGCCGACCUCGAUUACAGCCCCGAGGAUGAACAGCAGAUGAGCUUUGAGGACUGCGUCGAUCUCUGCACCGAAACCUUACAAGCGGAGGGAAGAUCGAAGAGGCGGAAGGGCCCGUUAGAGUGACAUGGAGACGUUGGAGGCGCUCUUCACCCUCUUACAAGGCUGGUGCAAGGAAAGAAGGAAUUCUGAACCUUUUGACAAAAAUGGCAUGCGGCAUGCAGUACCGUAGGCUCAACGAGGAUUUAUUCAUCUAUCAGGGCUGGAAAUACGAGUAAGACAUGUGCCCAUGGCCCCCUUAAAAUGAUAUUAUGAUGAGACUUGGAGAUGAGAUCCCCAUCUCCAUUGGGGCGGUGCUUCAUGGAGCAGGGGGCAAGUAGAGAAAACCCGAAAAGAAAAGAAAAAGAUAAGGAGGGAAAGAGGAAGAAAGAAGACUUGAGGUCUGUUUCGUGUAUACUAUAAUAUCCUUAUUCAGCUGAGAAAAAGUCAUUAUGUUACCUAUUUCGCCUUGUCCCCUAUACUAUCAAAAUAUUAUGGUAUUUUACACUGUGCACACUAAAACCGCCAUUUGAAUAUUUAUGAUUCCCAUAAUACAUGAGGUUGGGAUGAAUUAGGGGAAAGAGAUGAAUAUGUAUUUAAUUAUUUUUUGUUUGGGUUGCGGUUGGGUCUACACAUUCACGUCUAACGACGUAAAAUUAGUUGAGACUAUACUCUGAAUGUAUGUAUAAUUCGAUCGCGAGGUGGGGGCAAG